UGACCACGAGUUAAAACUUAAUAGACAAACAGGCAACAGGGUUUAAACAAAAGCAAUAGCAUUAGCAUUCUCAAAUCUUGUCGCAGCCCAGUAUCAGUAAUGGAGAAAGGAGGGAAAGGAGGAAAAUCUUCUCUCAAAUCAUCACUAGGAGGAAAGGAUGAUAGCUCAGCAAAGUCAAAGCGGGGAAGAAAAGUUCAGUUUGAUACUGAAGGUUCACCUGAAGGAAAAUUUGACUUCUUUUCAAAAUCUAAUGGGACGUUUGAAACCACUUUUGCUAAAGGUGGUUUGGCCAAAGGGGGGAAAGGAGAUAAGUUGGCCAAUGGUGGCAAGGCUUCUUCGGCAAAGGAAGCACAACCACUUGAACUCAGAGUUGAGCAGGAGCUUCCAAAAAAUGCCAAAUGCCUGAUGGACUGUGAGGCUGCAUAUAUUUUAGAGGGAAUCCAGGAACAGAUGGUUCUAUUAUCAGCAGAUCCCACCAUUAAAAUCCCCGUAUCAUUUGACAGGGGACUGCUGUAUGCCAAAAGUGGUAGCCAUUAUACAGAUCCCCAGGCUGUCAGAAAACUUCUUGACCCUCUUAUGGAACAUGGUGUCACUGACAGCGAGAUAUGUGUGAUUGCCAACAUUUGUCCUGAAACUAUUGAGGAAACAUUUGCUCUUGUUCCAUCCUUGAAGGCUAAGAGAAGUACACUCCGUGGUCCCCUCAAAGAUGUAUUAAUUGAGCUAGCUAACUUGAAGAAGUUGACAUGAAGCCUAACAGAGAGAUUUUGGUCAAAUGCAGGUUACUCUUUUGUUUGGGACCUGGACCUGGUUGGUGAAGAUGCCACCAUCCUUGAUGAAGCUUUGGCUAGCUAGACAGGCGGUUGCAUCUGCCCCUAUUUCCGAACUAUGUAGUACUUAAGAGUAAUUGCAGUUAAGCUUGUGUAUCGAUCUAUUUUCUGAACUAAUGAUGUGACACAUAGAAUUCCCGUAAGAACAUGUAAUUACCAUACUCAAGCUUAAUGAGUAUUUUUUUGUUGAGCAAAACAUUACAUUACAUUUAUUUCAGGACUUGAUACUUCGAAUAGAAUAAUAUUGCUGGA